CCGAGCCCCGUGUGUUCCCGCUCCCGCGUUCCCGGCUCCCGCUUUCCCCCCGCCCCACGCGGAUCGGAUGGCGGGGGUGGGCGCGGCCCUGCUCGUGGGGCUGCUGGCGAGGCUGGCGCUGGUGCUGUACGGGCUGCACCAGGACCGCACCAUGCGGGUGCGCUACACCGACGUCGACUACCGGGUGUUCACGGACGCGGCGCGGCUGGUGACCGAGGGGCGCUCGCCCUACCGGCGGGCCACCUACCGCUACACGCCGCUCCUGGCCUGGCUGCUGACGCCUAACGUGCUCCUCACCGAGGCCUUCGGGAAGCUGCUCUUCGUGGCCGGGGACCUGGCGGCUGCCGUCGUCGCUUACCGGGCCCUGCGGCGCCGGGGGACCCCCGCCGGCCGCGCCUGUGGGUGCUGCGCCGCCGCCUGGCUCCUGAACCCGCUGCCCAUGGCCGUGUCCAGCCGGGGCAACGCGGAGGCGCUGGUGGCGCUGCUGGUGCUCGCCACGCUCUACUGGGUGGAGGCGGGCAGCGUGGGCAAGGCCGCCGUGUGCUACGGGCUGGCCGUGCACAUGAAAAUCUAUCCCGUGAGCUACGCGCUGCCCAUAGCGCUCCGCCUGAGCGCCGCGCCGGGCCGCGGGGAGCUGCGGGACAGGGCGGCAAAGGGCACGGUCAUGGCGCGCCUUUGGCACCUCUUGGUAACGAUGUUGAACCGCGACGUGCUGCUCUUUGGAACAGUUGCCGGAUCAGUGUUGGCCGCCUUGACUGUGGCAUUUUAUCACCUGUAUGGCUGGGAGUUUUUGGAGCACGCCUACCUCUAUCACCUGACUAGGAGGGAUAUCCGUCAUAACUUCUCUCCGUAUUUCUACAUGUUGUACUUGACAGCAGAGAGCAAAUGGAGUUUUGCCCUUGGGCUGGCAGCUUUCCUGCCCCAGCUGCUUUUGCUCCUGAUUAUUUCCAUAGCGUUCUACAGAGACCUUGCCUUCAGUUGUUUCCUACACACCACUAUUUUUGUGACUUUUAACAAAGUAUGCACAUCCCAGUACUUUGUCUGGUAUCUCUGCCUUUUGCCCCUUGUAAUGCCUAGUAUUAAGAUGUCCUGGCAUAGGGCCUUGCUGCUUCUCUGUCUGUGGUUCAUGGGACAAGGCCUGUGGCUUACUCCUGCCUUCUUUCUGGAGUUCAAAGGAUAUAACACUUACUUAUUUAUAUGGAUGGCAGGCUUGCUUUUCCUUUUAAUUAACAGCCUCAUAAUUGUUCAGAUUAUUGCACAUUAUGAAAAAGAAACACAAGUCGCAAAAAAACUGAAGCAACGGUAAUAAACUGCCCAAAAUCCAUAAACAGCCCUACUGUCCUUGGUAAGGCAUCACAUAUCACCAGCACUUCAUCUAACAAAAGUGUACAUAAGUUGUACUAAAGCACAUUGUGUGUCAAUGUUACUGUUUCAGGCCGUGAGAGCAGUGAUGGGCCUCAGUUACCCUGAGCAGCCCAGUCCUGCCCUGAGCAGUGUCAGCAGGGGUACCUGUCUCCUGUGUGGGUCCUGAAACUGCAUUGCAACCUUCUCUCCAGCACUGUCUCCAGCUCUGUCCUCCUACUCCUGAUUAGAAUCCCUGGAAAUACCCUGGACCAGUUCAUCUCUGAAACAUGUCUGGGGCUCUGGUGAAUGGGCUCUGCCCAUCUGCACUGACUGUCUUCACCUCCUGCUUCCAGAUUCAGUGGGGCUGUGCCCUGCCCUUUGAUUCCUGUGCUGGGGCCAGUCUCAGUUCCUGCUCAUACUCCCUUAUGGACUAGGCCUGGCACCUUUUUUCUCAUUCUCAGUGUUAGUCUGAUGAGGACCUUGGCCUUUACCUAGAAUAACACAGGAGAUAAUAAAGGUGGAAUUUGGUUAUAAAAUUGGAGUUUGACAGUUUUGUACAUUCCUGUAGGUCAGGGGGGUGUUUGGCAAGGCAAUCACUUAACAUUUACAGCGGGGUUCAUUUUAUCUUUUGUUUCCAUAGGAACAUUUUAGCUAUGCACUGUUUGUGUCCUGUACCUGCUCAUUAUGUCAUUAACUCUUUGAGACUUUUAAUUUAUUUUAGAUUUCAGAUAUUCCACUCUUUCACUUAUUUUUGCAUAUUCUGUUCUGUUUGAAUUUUUGAAUAGAUUUAUUCCCCUUGCCAUGGAGAAAGUUUUUCCCAUAUACCUGUCUUGGACCACAGAGAUGUGUAAAGUUUAUAUAUUUGUUUUUUCUGCCAGGCUCCAGAAAACAGGCCACUGCCUUACAUUUCUGUUAAUAUAUGGUUAUUGUGGGUGUUAACAAUAGCAAAUGCCGAGUCAAAGUACACUUAGAAUGGCACCUGUGUCCCAAAAGCACUAGAGUUUAUGCCAAAACAGUAAUUGGUAAUGUUGUUUCUCAGUGGUUCUGUUUCUCUGCUAUUAAAAAGAAAUGAAAAAAUGAAAGGAUUUGAGGAAAUUGAGCAGUUCCCAGAAGAAGAGGGAAGUUUUGAAAUAGGAAGCUCUACAACUUGUCAAAACACAUUUAUUCCCAUAGGAGACACAGGAAGAUUUGGAAUUGAGUGCCAGGUGAUGAUGAGAGGAGAGCAGAGCCAUUUUGGAAUCAAUACUCUCUAGAACAUCCCAUAAGAGGUCUGAUGUAUACAGCUUUUGACAGAGACAGAAACUGACAAUGUAUUUUAGUAAAAUGUACUUUAAAUAGGCAUAUGCCAAAUAGAAGAAUUUUCACAUUUGCCUCACCUUUUAGUUACACCCAAUGCAAAAGUGAAACCCCUACUGUAUAAAAUAAAGUGGGCCUCAAGGCAAAAUAGGAAUUCAACCACUUGGUGGAAUUCCUGGU